GGAGUAAGGAGCACUGGACUAUGAAAAGGGAUAAGAAGCUUUCUCACUUGCCGUUGGAUGUUUGAUAGGGCGUCCAAGAUAUGAAUCCGAUGUUAUACAUGGCACGAGGGCGGAAGUCUACAUGCAGCAGCCCUAGUUGCAGCAAGAUGACUCCUUGUGUAACGCCAUCUACCCCUGGUAGCUCCAGAGCUGUUGACAGUAUAGAAGCUUUAUACUGAGGUCUAGCACUGCUAUCCUCGUUCUUCAUCUGAACGUUGUCAACGCAGAAACAAUGGCGCCUUCCGAGCAGACCCCCAAGGAGAUGGCCAUACAGACAGACAUUGUCGGACUACCACCAGCAGAGAAAGACACAGUCACCGCUGCUCAUGGCCACUCCGCCCUCUGUGGAUGGCGACUGAGGCUUCUCACCAUCGGGCUUUGCUUAUGCUGUUUCCUCUCAGCACUUGACUCUAUUAUUGUCAGCACCUCCCUUACUGCUAUUGCAAAGGACUUGCAGAAUUUCGAGAAAAGCAGCUGGGUAGUAUCGAGCUACCUGACUUGCUACUUCAGUUUUAUGAUCAUCUGGGCCAAAGUGAGCGACUUUAUUGGGCGAAAACCCAUGCUCGUCACCGCCGUGAUUUUCUUCCUGGCCUUCUCGGGGGGCUGCGGUGGAGCCAAAACAAUGCUACAAUUAAUCAUUCUUCGUGCCUUUCAGGGUAUCGGCGGUGCGGGAAUCUUCAGCAUGGUUCCCAUUGUUACAGCGGAAAUGGUCUCCCCCGACCGGUAUGCGCUGUAUAACUCCUUCAUUUCCUUAGCAAUCGCCAUCAGCUUUUUGCUUGGGCCUCUGAUUGGGGGCGCAAUCUCGGACAGUACCACCUGGCGCUGGAUUUUCUAUAUCAAUCUCCCGGUGGGUGCCAUUGGUAUCGUUCUCAUCUGCCUUACUAUGCCAGCGGCAUUCCCUGAUGUGUCCAAACCAACGACCUUGUGGAGUGCUCCAAGAUCGGUCAAUCUGCGCGGCAAAGUGGACUAUGCGGGAUUCUUCAUCCUCCUGGUGGCUUGUAUCCUCCUGAUUGUGGCUAUCGAGGAGGCGGGCGUCUCCUUCGCGUGGGACUCUGCUCUGGUGAUCGUCUUCCUGGUUCUAUCAAUUGUUCUCUUCGGUGCCUUUGUGGUCUGGGAGUGGCAAUUAUACCGGACCAAAUCCACCCGAGAGUCCGUGUUCCCAUGGCAGUUUGUCAAAAACCGAUUCCUGAUGGGUCUAUGCCUAACCGCCCUACUAUCAGGUGUACCCUUCAUGACCCUGAUCUUAGAGCUGCCCGGACGCUUCCAAACCCUCAACAACGACUCCGGUCUGGAUGCAGGCAUCCGCAUCUUACCCCUCACUCUGACCAUUGCUUUUGGUUCAGGCUUGACCGGCGGACUCACAGCCCGUGGCCGAGUACCGCCCUUCAUGGUAUUCCUGGCUGCCGCCAUCCUCCAAGUCCUGGGCGUCGGGCUGCUCUACUCCGUCCACCCCAGCACAACCCUCUCCGCGCGACUCUACGGCUACCAAGUCCUAUCCGGACUCGGAAUCGGUCUAAGCCUCACCACCGCAAUAAUGACCAUGCCCUCCGUAGUCGGCAAACACAACCUCUCCGUCGCCCUAGGCAGCAUCACCCAACUCCGAAUCCUCGGCGGAGCCAUUGGCGUCUCCACCGCCACGAACCUCCUCAACAACACCGUCGAAAACCACCUGAGAACCGAAUUACCACCCAACAUCCUCGAAAACAUCCUCAAAGAUAUCGCCGUAGCGGAGACCCUCCCCGCACAUACACAAACGCUCAUCCGAACGGCUUUCGCAGAUGGCUAUCACAAACAACUCCUCAUGGUCCUGGGGUUCUGUGCCGCGCAGUUAUUCGCGUUGAGUUUGAUGUGGGAGAGGCCGUUUCGGAGACUUACUUGAGCACUACGGUGUUAGGUAAACUCAUUGAGAGCAAGCCUAUCUGGAUAAUAAUAAUAUCGGCGCUUUAGGUCUGAUAGUGCG